AUGGCAAUCUCAUCCCUCAAUAAACUCUCCCCUGUUUUCUUCAGCCUCUUUGUUGUGCUACAUUUUCAACUAAAUGUAGCUUUUGAUUUCACUCAAGAAGCACAAGCUCUUCUCAAAUGGAAGGCCAGCCUUCAAAACCACAACCAUUCUCUCAUCUCUUCAUGGACUCUUUAUCCUUUUAAUGCUACCAACUAUUCUACUCAACACAGAAGCAAGAUAAGCCAUUGUACUAAUUGGUCUGGAGUUUCUUGUGACCAUGCUGGAAGCAUCCGUAGAUUGAACUUGUCUAUUGCAAGUUUAAAAGGUACGCUUGAUGAAUUGUCAUUCUCAUCAUUUCCUCAUCUUGCAUAUCUUGAUCUUAGCAUAAAUGAACUCUUUGGAGUUAUCCCUGCACAAAUUGGUAAUCUCUCCAAAUUGAAGUAUCUCGACUUGUCAACUAAUCAGUUUUCAGGGAAAAUACCAACUGAAAUCGGUCUCUUUACACAUCUUGAGACCCUCCACCUGGCUGAGAAUCAGUUGAAUGGUUCAAUUCCAAAAGAAAUAGACCAACUAAGUUCUCUUAGUGAACUAGUUAUCUAUAGUAACCGCUUGGACGGUUCAAUUCCUGCUUCUUUGGGAAAUUUGAGCAACUUGGCUUUGUUGUAUCUUUUUAAUAAUUCACUUUCUGGUUCCAUUCCUCCAGAGAUAGGAAACCUCUCGAAUCUGAUAGAACUUAACAUCGAUACCAAUAGCUUAACUGGUCCAAUCCCUUCAAGUCUUGGAAACCUUAGAAACCUGGAAGUCUUGCACAUGUUCAUAAACCAACUUUCUGGUUCCAUUCCCAAAGAAUUAGGAAAUUUGGAGUCUCUCACUAGUAUUAGUCUUCAUAGCAACAAUCUUUCAGGUUCAAUUCCAACAUCUCUUGGUGGUCUGAGAAGUCUCAUUUAUCUUCAUUUAUACAAUAAUCAACUUUCUGGCUCCAUUCCCCCUGAAAUAGGUACUCUGAAAAAUCUUGUUGAUUUAGAGUUAAGCCAAAAUCUACUCAGUGGUUCUAUUCCUAAUUCUUUUAAAAAUUUAAACAAAUUAGAGAUUUUGCACCUUCGUCAAAACCAUCUUUCUGGUACCAUUCCCCAGGAAAUAGGAAAUUUCAUGUUCACUAUAUUGGAGUUAGACACUAACAACUUCAUUGGUCAGUUACCCCAUAACAUAUGUGUUGGUGGUUCACUUCAAAACUUCACUGUGCAUGGCAACAAUUUUUCUGGUCCAAUCCCCAAAGGCUUGAGAAAUUGCACAAGCCUGAAGAGACUUCGCUUGGAAAAAAAUGAUUUUGUUGGUGAUAUAUCAAAAGAUUUUGGCAUCUAUCCAUACCUCGAGUACUUAGAUCUCAGCCAAAACAAGUUUCAUGGUGAAAUCUCGUCUAACUGGGCAAAGUGUCCAAAAUUAGGCACCCUAAAGAUUGCAGCUAAUAAAAUUACUGGUAGCAUUCCAGCUGAGCUUGGAAACUUGACAAAACUCGGUAGACUUGAUCUUUCUUCAAAUCUUCUAGCCGGAGAGAUUCCAAAAGAACUUGAAAAACAUCACUCGUCUUGA